UUCUUCUUCUGUCUUUUAUCUCUGGUAGCUCGUUCCCGCGUCUCAUCUCUUUGGCUUUCAGUCCAAAACCCCACAACUUCUGCUGCUUCAAUGGCGUACGCGCUUUCGCUCCGAUUUCUCAACUCCGCUGAGAUAUAUAAAGCUUCUGAACCGCGGAAUUUCGCCAAGAAGAACAGACGGCCCAAUCCAUCAACUUCCACUCGCGGCAGAGGUCCCGUCAGUCCCGCACAGAACCUGAAUCUCGAGGUUUCUCCUCAUAGAGCUGUGUCUGCAGUGAGAUUGAUGCGAAUAGAACUUGGUGGUGCCUUUGCUGACCUUUUGAAUGAGAAAGGAAAGGGAUCGGGUGACAAUGAGAUGGGAUAUGUUGAAAGAACUCUGGGGUUUCGCACUUCUUCCUUGGAUGAUAGAGAUCUCAGACUGGUCACAGAAAUUGUUGGAGGUACCAUUCGUUGGAGAAGAUAUCUUGAUUAUUUGAUACUCUCAUUAUGCCAUGAUGAGAACUUGUGUAGAAGCAUGGAACCUCUGCUGCUACAGAUUCUUCGUAUUGGUGUCUAUGAGAUUGUCAAGCUAGAAAUGCCGCCAUAUGCAGUUGUAGAUGAGAACGUAAAGCUUGCAAAGGUCGCUCUAAGAUCGGGUGCUGGUAACAUGGUCAAUGGCAUUCUCAGGAAGUUAGUUUUGCUUAAGGAGAGCAACUCUCUUCCUUUACCCAAAUUGAACGGCAAUGCCCGUGCAGAAGCACGUGCUCUUGCCACUGUUUAUUCACAUCCAGUUUGGAUGGUGAGAAGAUGGAUAAAGUAUAUUGGGCGCGAAGAAGCUAUAAAGCUGAUGAUGUGGAACAAUAGUGAUCCUUGCUUUAGCCUGAGGGCAAACCAAGGCAAAGGAUUUACAAGAUCUGACCUUGUGAUACAGCUUCAAAAUUUAAAGGUUCCACAUGACAUUUCUCCAUAUUUGGAUGAUUUUGUUCGCAUCCAAACUGGGAUGCAGAUUGUGUUGAAAGCUGGAUUACUAAAAGAUGGUUUAUGUUCAGUACAGGAUGAAAGUGCAGGUUUGGUAGUUUCUGUUGUGGAUCCUCAGCCUGGUGAGAGAAUUAUUGAUUGUUGUGCCGCUCCUGGAGGCAAAACCCUAUUCAUGGCAUCCCGAUUAGGUGGUAGAGGUGUCAUAUCAGCAAUUGACAUAAACAAGGGCCGGUUGAGAAUCCUGAGUGAGGCGGCCAAGUUGCAACAAGUUGAUGAUGUCAUAACAGCCAUCCACGUUGAUCUUCGUGUAUUUGCUGACCAUAAUCAGGAUAAGUCAGAUAAAGUUUUACUGGAUGCUCCAUGUUCUGGACUGGGUGUUCUCUCCAAGAGAGCAGAUUUGCGUUGGAAUAGGAGAUGGGAGGAUAUGGAACAACUUAAGGAUUUGCAAGAUCAACUUCUUGACGCCGCUUCUAUGCUGGUAAAACCUGGCGGAGUACUAAUAUAUAGUACCUGUUCCAUUGAUCCAGAAGAAAAUGAAGAAAGGGUGGCUGCAUUUCUUCUCAGGCAUCCAGAAUUCAGCAUAGAUCCUGUUGACAGAUACGUGCCCAAUGAUUUCGUCACAAAACAUCAUUUCUAUUCCUCUAACCCUGUGAAGCAUUCAAUGGAUGGAGCUUUUGCAGCCCGCCUCAUUCGAUCCUCACAAUGAAAUUCUUCUGAAAUUGCGCAUCGACACAGCCAGACUUGGCGUUUUCUCAUUUGAUAACGGCAUUCCCUUGACAGGCCUGCCUGCCUUCUGAUUUGGUAUUUUGCACUGAAGGUGCUGCUGCAACAUUAUGCCAGAAGAGAUUGAAACUCGUCCGCAUGCCCGACCCCGACAUUUUCGAAACUAUGCUUUACAUUGUCCGGUUUAACUGAAGGGUUCUGGCAUUACUGGAGAAACAGAGUUGUGGAGGAGCUUGUGAUAUUUAUUUACAGCAUUUAGAUUGAUAAUAUAUCAUAUGCUGGAAGCAAAACCUGGAUUCAAGUACAAAACAGGGCCUAUUUUUGUAUGAGACAGUGAACAAUUUGUAUAGUAGCUUGGUCAUCUAUUACAUUUAAUCCUGUCAAUGUCAUUGUCCAUCUUAGGAUUUAACGGCACAACAAAAUGAAAGA